AUGAACGAUUCGUUUAAUAACCUGCAACUGGGACAGCAGUUGUAUUUUAACAAUUCUACAUCUGCGCUGGGAACGACCACAACAGGCGCAGGAACAGCGACAGGAGCAACAGCGUCUGUACCUGAUCCACAAUCAAACAAUAAUCCUAAUCUCCAUAACAAUAAUUCCAACAACCACGCCAAUUCCGUCAUGAAUAACACCAGGGCAUCAACAUCAAGUAGUGGCAACCACCACGUCGACACGGGAGACCACACUAAUGGACACAUGCUGGUGAGUAACAAUCAGCUUCGCAAUAGUACAAGUCGACACCCAAGCAACGAGUCGAUAAAUCCUGGAAACGAAGCAAUGGAUAUGAACCCCCCUUCCAACCCAUUGACUGGUCAACCAACGAGCAGUGACUUUUAUCAAUUGAUUGGCCAACUUCAACAACAAAACAAUAUCAAUAACCAGUUAGUGAUGAAAAUUAACUACCUAUCAGACUCAGUUGACGAAGUUAAACGAAGUCUUCUGGAAAUUCAACAACUGGUUUUCACUCUACAGAAUAGCGGUCAAGCGAGCCCAUUGACAGGGGUACCUGCGGGGAACUUGACCAAUCAAUUCAAAGCAUUUGAAGUUUUCACUAAACAUUUAACUAAAUUGAACAAGGAGAUUGAAGCAAUCAAUGGCCAAACACUUGGCGCCCAAUCUGUACAACAACAACCACUGUCCUUGCUUCUGCGACAACACCAUCUGCAGCAACAUCAAUCUCACCAGACUCAUUCUCACCCUCACUCAUCACAGCCGCAUUUGAGUAGUGAAUUACAAUCGCAGAACCAUAUGAGUGUUGCAAAUAAUACAAUAUCACAAGACAGCCAUGGUAGUCUACAUCAAAACCAAGCUCAUACAACUAACAAUCAGGCAUUCGAUGAUGAAACGGAUUUAGGGAGAAAAAACCUUGUACUGAGAUCGCCAGGUGUCAAUUCAAACUCAACGUCACCCUAUGUAUUUGAGCUCGGUCCUUUCCCCACUGCGCGCAACAACUUGAACGGAAAUAUCAAUUAUGACAAAUCGCCCAUAAGUCUGGCGCAAACUUCUCACCAACUCAAACGAUCACAACAAAGUAAACUGUCAAUGAUGUCAUCCACGCAACCACAACAACAAUUACAAACAUUGCCCCAACAACAAUUGCAUAUGUCGCAACACGGCCAAUCACAGAGACCACCGAAUUUGGCACAACAUCCACAACAACAAUUGCAUUCCAGCAAUCAAAAUCUGGCCACGCAUCCACAACAAGCAACAAACUCGUAUUCCAAUUCGUACAUGCUUCCUGUACCUCCGUUGCUACACGACGAUAAAACUGGAGGCUUGACGCACGGCAAUGACUCUUCGUCGCAGUAUUUGUUAUCUCGUGACAAUAGUGGACUAUUAACAUCAGCCUUGAGACAACAAGCGUCACAUACCAGGUCAAUUCCACCACAAACAAACACUGCUUUUUCAUUUGAUGACAAUGAUAUUGAACAGAGCAUAGGAGAGUUGGAACAGCAAACAGGGUCAAGUGUCGGUAGUGCUCAUAAUGCAACAACUAAUAACGCAGACAGCAAUGUACACAAGCAAAUAUCAGGCAAGCCUUAUCCGUCAAAGAAACGUAAAAUUGCUUCGGAGGUAAAAACGGGUGAUAUAGAAGAAUCAGAAGUACCUCAAUAUAAGUUGGAGAGAAGUCUUAAACUGAUUGCUGACAUUUGGAAAGAAUUUGCUUAUGGUGUUAAUGGAAAGCCACCAUUGAAAUCACUAGAAGCUAAAUAUGGAACCAAGUGGAGAAAUGAGACCGAGUCACGUACAUUUCUUCGACGUAAAAAGAUUUAUGAAGCCAUUGAAGUGGGUAAAAGUAAAGGGUACAGUGAGGACGACGUCAUACUUGAGUUGGAGGAUUAUCGAAGUUUUGAGAAGAACGGAUCGUUAAAGAAAAGACCAUUACUGUGGAUGAGCUCGAACAUUCCUGCAAAAUUCACAGAGCCAGGAGAUGAGUAA